AUGGGGUGCUGCUACAGCAGCGAGAACGAGGACUCGGACCAGGACCGAGAGGAGCAGAAGCUGCUGCUGGACCCUAGCAGCCCUCCAACCAAAGCCCUCAAUGGAGCUGAACCCAACUACCACAGCCUGCCUUCCGCUCGCACAGAUGAGCAGGCCCUGCUCUCCUCCAUCCUCGCCAAGACAGCCAGCAACAUCAUCGAUGUGUCUGCUGCAGACUCCCAGGGCAUGGAACAGCAUGAGUACAUGGACCGAGCAAGGCAGUACAGCACCCGCCUGGCUGUGCUGAGUAGCAGCCUGACCCAUUGGAAGAAGCUGCCA